UGUGACAGUAUGACUCUGUCCAGCACCUCGGCUGUUCGCAGAGGAAGCACUCCUCUGCCAAUUAAGCACCAGCUCAGACGAGAAGAAGCUGUCCACGAUGACUGCGAUUGGGCGUCAGGUGCAGCUGGACCUUCUGCUUCACCAAUCAGCUUCAGCCCAGCCUUGGAUGACACUCUGACUGUGUCUGUGGAGGGCGGCAGACCUGAUGGGCCUUUAAGAAUCGCCCUACUGGGGCAGAAUGGCGUGGGGAAGUCUUCUCUGGCCAUCGCCCUCGCUGGAGACAUGGACAGAACAGCGUCUGUGGAUUCUGAAGGGGAGGGUUAUGUGCGCACAGUCACCGUGGAUGACGAGGAGAGCACCAUCAUUAUCUAUGACAACUGGAGACAGGACCUCUCGGCGCUGCUGUGUGAGGUGUGUGUCCUGGUUUUUUCGGUGACUGACAGGCGUAGUUUCCACCGCACUGCUCAACUCCGACUUCUCCUGAGGGAGACUCAGCCCCAAACUCCCAUCAUCCUCGUUGGUAAUAAGAGUGACCUCGUUCGCACACGUGAGGUCACCUCUCAAGAGGCCAUGUCCAGCGCCGCCCUCUUCAACUGCCUCUAUCUGGAGAUCUCUGCCUCGUUGGACCACCGUACUCCAGAGCUCCUAGAGUGCGCAGUGCGGCUAGCCAGGGGCGAUUCCCCCUGGCCCCCAGGAACCAGUGCGGAGGACAUGAAUUGGGGAGGCCAACGGGAGAGCAUCACCUCCCGUGCCAAACGUUUCCUGUCCAGCCUGGUGCCCCGGUACCCGCGAGAGCGAGAGGCGGGCAAGUUCAUGAGGCAGAAGUCCCGCUCGUGCCACGACCUGGGGGCACUGUGAUGGUGCCGUCGCAGGGAGUUUAAUGGUCAGAUUGUUAACAGAGGUAGCUGGAAGUGAUGUAGUAUACCAACAGAGAGAGGAAGAGGGAUGCAGCACAAAGAUGUGAGCAACAGAGGAGGUGUGAAGGUGCCAGAGUGACGGCAGGACAAUGUUGUGAAUGAUCAUCGUGUGCAUCCAGCAGAGGAAAACAGGGAGAAUGACUACAAUGUUAGUGAUGAUGUUUAUCCAUAGGAUGAUAUAGAAAUUUUGUACACAAGACUAAGAACAGAAGACGAUAACAUACUGUUGUAGAACACAUGUAAAUAAAUUGUCGUAGUGAUACAUAACUGCCACCCUCACAGCAUUGAGAGCGAAAUAAAUUGCUUCUA